GCAUAAGAGAGCCUGAAGAAAAAAGAAAAGAGGGUGUUUCGACUUGAUCCGAGUCUGAGACCAGGAUAGUCCCACCGCGCGCAGAAAGUGGGCUCUGUCUGCGUAAAGAUCCACAGACUCCAGAGACAGGCUGAAAUUUACAUUGGCAGAGCUACUUUUUUUUUAACCGUCCUAACCUUAGAUCUAUUUGAUUGCUCAUGCUUGCAACUGAUGAGGAAUUUAAUUAAAAAGUGAGCCUGUCUCUGUCUCUUGCGCACAACUGGCAGAAGUGACAUCUGAGCAUCUUAGAGUUUUUGUUUUCACUGUAGCUUUUAAGACAUGGCCAAGUUAUUCCGAGCUGCUAUCAUGGGUCCACCGGGAUCAGGGAAAGGAACGAUAUCCAAGAGGAUUGCGCAAAGUUUUGGCCUGCAGUAUCUGUCCAGUGGUCAUUUUCUACGAGAGGGCAUAGCGGCAAAAACAGAGGCAGGCUUGCUGGUGAAGACCUAUGUAGAGAGAAGCAUGCUGGUGCCUGACCAUGUGAUGACCAGACUGAUGCUGCCCAGACUGGAACAGCUGAGCGGUCACAGCUGGCUGCUGGAUGGUUUCCCCCGCACACUCGGACAGGCUUUGGCCCUCAACAAUUUGUAUCAGCUAGACUUGGUUAUCAGCCUUAACAUCCCCUAUGAGACUCUCAAGGAGAGACUGAGCGACCGCUGGAUCCAUCCAGCCAGUGGCAGAGUCUACAACAUGGGCUUCAACCCUCCCCAAGUGCAGGGUAAGGAUGACAUCACAGGAGAGCCACUGAUUCAGCACGAUGACGACAAGCCGGAGGCUCUGAUGGCCAGACUGAGACAUUACAAAGAUGUGGCAAAACCCGUAAUUGAUUUGUACAAGUCACAAGGAAUCCUGCACUCAUUUUCCGGUACAGAGACAGACCGGAUUUGGCCUUAUAUCAAUUCUCUCCUCAGCACCAAGAUGCACACACAGCCAUCAGAUACCUGCCAGGCUCAGACACCAUGAGUCUACCCCGAAUGAACAAAAAACAAAGGGGAGGGGGGGGAGGAAGUGCAGUGGUGCCUUUACGUACUGGCCUGGUGUCAGCUUUCGGUUUUGUUAUUAAGAAUGAGCUUUGGAACAAUGGACCAGGUCACUGACACACAUGUUUCUCAUUAACUGUCCAGUUUUCCAAACGAAAGGUUGUAUGAAAAUUUCCAAAGACUUAUAGAAUGAAGAUUGUGACAAAUUCUGAUUCAGAAUCCUGACAGUCAAACAUUCAAGAUCAUUCAAGCCUGCUAAAAACCAAAAUGCUUAAACAUCCAAAUUUUGCACAACAUUUUCAUUAAUCAGUUUAUCACACAUGAAUUUUGAUCUUCAGUUGCUCCAAUCCAACCACUGAAUAAGCCAAUAUGGAAAAAGUAAACACUAAUGUGUGAUUUUAUUUUAUAGUAAAACCAAAAAACGGUGGGGAAAAUAAUAGUCACAUGAUUAAAAACACUUACAGUUUUUAAAAUAUAAAUCACAGCAUAAAAUAUUAUCACAUUAUUGCCUAGAAAACACACACACAAAGAGUAAAUCUUCUUAUGCAAUUGCCUUAACUGAGCAAUAGUAAUGUUCAUCAUCGCCUCUUAUAUGAAAACAUCAUUUGAGUUAUUUUUUUCUUAUACACUAGAAACCUUUAAAGCCUGUGUGCUACAUGUGAAGUCAUCUGUUACAUACAAAACUGUGUUUUCUUUAAAUGUAUCUGUGAUUGUACACUAUAUCCAUCAGUUACACAGACAGUGCAAGCUGUAUCAAACAGCUAAUCUUUUGCAGAAAUGCUGUUAACUUUGGUUAGUCGUCUUUGGACUUGUACAAGAAUCCCGUACAGUGACUCAGCAGCACUGGGAUGAAGAUCAGUGCCUUCAGUGUUGUUACAUUCCUUAAAACAUGCCAUGAGGUUGCCUUGAGAUUCUGAUCUCCAAAAUGUGAUAUUUUUGGUAUGCUGCAAUGACUUUGCAGUGAUUGUUCAGCUAAAUACUUUUAUGAUUCUGAUAUGGUCAUAGAUGCAAAGAUGUUCUCGUUUCUGGAUUGUUUGAAUGUAUAAAUCAGUGCUGCAGGGUGAACAAAAUGUAGUAGGCCUUUGCAGACUUUGCUUUGUAGCUUUUUUUGUUUCAUGUAAUUGUUUGAAAGUCACAAUGAUUAUUCACAAUACAGAAUAGCUUAUGAAAUGCUGACUAAGAGAGUAACCAACACCUCCAUCAUCAAAAACAUUUUUAAAAUAUUUGGUGUAACUCUGUCAGUGCUAUCCAACCAUUUUAAAAACUUGUAUGUAAAUUAGCAUCUGUUUUAUUCCCUGCAGCAUAUUUCCCACGAGCUUCUCUUUGUUUUACAUCCCAGGUUUGUAAUGAGUUUUUUUUUCAUUAUCUGUGUUUUGAGGGUAUGGGUAUGUUGUACAUUUGAUUUAAAAGUACAAUGAGUUGACUCUCAUAUUGUAACUAGAAGACCAUGAGGAAGUACACAUGAGAGUGCAACAGAGCCUGGGGAAGGAGCGAAAUAAACUGAUACAUGUUUGCUAAUGUAGGACAAAUCCAGACUCUUAGAGGGAAGUGGGUUUACAUUGUGCUGUGUAGGACUGAAUGCUUCUUAAAUGAAUGGGUGUGGCAAUGAGUUUUUUGCCCCGUGUUCAUAAAGUGCUGUCAAAACAUGUUAGGCAUGUUAAAUCUGUUUUCCCAUGUCAGCUUUCAUUGUUAUUCUGCGAUACUUGCUUAGCAACAUGCACUUGUGCACACCUAGAUAAGUGUCUUAAGAUCACACAAUAUUGUGUAAGAGAGAUAGGAGAUAAUUAAAUGAAUGAUAAUAAUGGGUGUACAAACACACACCUUGUGUGUACAGUGCGUUCUUUAAACUGUUUCUCUACUUAAUAAAGAGGGCAGUGUGACCACAA